AUUCUCCCAAGAUGCAAUGCAUGAGAAAGAGGCAAUGGGGGGAAUAGAGAGGGUAGAAGGCAAAAUGGGAGACAUCCCCACAGGCAGCCAGGAUAUUAUUAUUAGAUGCAAGGUCAUAGUCAUCUUUUUCUUAGUGUACCUUCCAUUUAUUACUAGCAUUUGUCUUUUGCCUUCAUUCCUUCUCCAUCACUAAAUGCCCUUUGCCUCCUUUUCCCUUCUCACCUUUUCUUUACACUUACAUAUACAUACAUACAUAUAUAUCUGUGUGUCUGUAUAUAUAUAUAUGCACUGAAUUUUCAGGAGCCACAUAAGCCUCUUCCUCUCUUCUCCUUCAUCUUCAUCAUCUUCUUCUUCUUCUUCUUCAAUUAGGGUUUCCUUCCCUUUGAAGUGGCAAAACUCUGAACCUCAUAACCUUCACUGCUUCAAACUUCAAAGUAGCAAAAUCAAAGUUCUUGCAAAAGAAUUAAAAGUUUGAAGAGAGAGAAAUUGAAAUGGCUUCAUCAAGCUCGUACAGCUCGCCAUGCGCCGCCUGCAAGUUCCUGAGGAGGAAGUGCCUGCCGGGGUGCAUUUUCGCGCCGUACUUCCCGCCGGAGGAGCCGCAGAAGUUCGCGAACGUGCACAAGAUCUUCGGGGCGAGCAACGUGACGAAGCUCCUGAACGAGCUCCUCCCGCACCAGAGGGAGGACGCGGUGAGCUCCCUGGCGUACGAGGCGGAGGCGCGUGUCAGGGACCCCGUCUACGGCUGCGUCGGCGCCAUCUCCUACCUCCAGCGACAGGUCGAGCGCCUCCAGAAGGAGCUCGACGCCGCCAACGCCGACCUCAUCCGCUACGCCUGCAACGACGUCGCGCCGCCGCCUCCUCCUCCCCAGAUGGCCCCGCCGCCGCCGCAAGGCCUCCGCCGGAGAAUGAGCAUGGGCAUGCACUACCCUAAUUACCCUUUCCCAUGGGAUGAUGAAAACAACAAUUACCCACAAGGAGGAGGAGAAGGGAGUGCUUAAGCUUCAAUGAAUUUAUACACACAAUCAAUAUGCCUCGCCUGCCCUAUCUAUCACUUUCUCCUUCUAGGGUUUCGAUCUGACCCUUGAAAGAGGGAAAAAAAAUCAACUUUCAAACUUCAAACUUUCAAAGCAUUCAACAUGGUACUUCUUUCACUCCUAGCUAUUAAAGUUGAGCUAUGCUUCCUAGCUAGACCAUUAAUAAGUUUCAUCAAACAAAACAACAUUACCAUUAUAUAUUAUUUGGUGGUUUUAGUAAGCAACUAUGUUUCUAAAACCCUUCAAAUUUCCUCUAUAUAU